ACAGAUCCUUUGUUCUGAGGCUCACUCAUCUCCCGAGCCCCGAGCCAUCUCCCAGCCUCAAAUGGCUCUGCGGGCUGCAUCUGUGCAGCCUGGCGGCAGCGGGGCUGUGCUGUGACAUUUUCACAGCCCUUCUUGCGGAGGCAUGUGUGCUAAGGAUGCCGAAAUGCUGAGAGAGCUGGCAGGACUAGCUUCCGGGUCGCGCUUUGUGUGCCGGGCUGCAUGCAGUGUGGUGCCGGCGAGGAAGCAUGUACUGAGGUUGUCGCAAGAUCCAGCUGCAGCCUCCGCCUAGCUUCCUACGCAGCCAUGUCUGACAAACCUGAUAUGGCUGAGAUCGAGAAAUUUGAUAAGUCGAAACUGAAGAAGACAGAAACUCAAGAGAAAAAUCCAUUGCCUUCCAAAGAAAAACAAUGGUUCCCUGCUUUGGUGCCAGAAUCACAAGCAAUGUUCUAAGAUGGAAUCUCCCUCUGUCACCCAGGCUGGAAUGCAGUGGCGUGAUGUCAGCUCACUGAAACCUCCACCUCCGGGGUUCAAAUGAUUCUCCUGCCUCAGCCUCCCAAGUAGCUGGGACUGCAGGCUCUCACCACCACACGUGUUUAAUUUUUGUAUUUUUAGCAGAGAUGGGGUUUCACCAUAUUUGCCAGGCUGGUCUCGAACUCCUGACCUUGUGAUCUGCCCACAGUGACCUCCCAAAGUGCUGGGAUUAUAGGCGUGAGCCACUGCGCCUGGCCAAUAAUUUGCUUUCUAAAAUUAAACAGCCUCUUUUCCAUUUUUGAGUAUUCUUUGCUAUACACUAAAGAACGUGAUACACUUUCUUAUCUUACUUAUUUAUAUGUUUGAUAUAAUACAUUUCUUACCUCAAUCCCAAUACACCAAAAUUUUUCCUUUUUUAAUAUUUAUAUGAUGAUGCUCCAUCUCCAGUCUGAAGUACAAUAAGAUUGUAUUAAUGAGUAAAGUUUACAAAGUUUGCUAAAAAUUUUGCAGCAACUUUGGGAUCAUAAUAAUGUUUGAUAAAAUUUAUUUCAUGGGGCUGGGCAUGGUGGCUCAUGCCUGUAAUCCCAGCACUUUGGGAGGUCGAGGUGGGUGGAUCAUAAGGUCAGGAGAUCGAGACCAUGCUGGCUAACACAGAGAAAAUUUACCUCUAAUAAAAAUAUAAAAAAUUAGCCAGGCGUGGUGGUGGGUGCCUGUUGUCCCAGCUACUUGGGAGGCUGAGGCAGGAGAAUGGUAUGAACCUGGGAGGCGGAGCUUGCAGUGAGCUGAGAUCGUGCCACUGCACUCCAGCCUGGGUGACAGAGAGAGACUCCGUCUCAAAAAAAAACAUAAUAUAUAUAUGUAUGUGUGUGUAUGCACACGUGUAUAUAUGUAUAUAUGUAUAUAUGUAUGUAUGUAUAUAAGUGGCAUCACACUGCUGUCUACCUUAAACCUAAUGAUGCAUUUCCUUCUCACUCAGAUGAAUCCGAAGCUCUAUGCUUAUACUCACUGGUUCUCUGGUCUGCCUGUGCUCUGCCCCCAACUUUGUUGUUGUUGUUGUUGUUUGUUUGUUUUUUGAAAUGGAGUCGUGUUCUGUGACCCAGGCUGGAGUGCAGUGAAAUGAUCUCACCUCACUGCAACCUCUGUCUCCUGAGUUCAAGUGAUUCUCACACCUCAGCCUCCGGAGUAGCUGGGAUUAAAGGCACCUGCCAAAACGCCCAGCCAACUUUUGUAUUUUUUAGUAGAAACGGGGUUUCACUAUGUUGGCCACGCUGGUUUUGAAUUCCUGACCUCAAAUGAUCUACCCACCUCAGCCUCCCAAAGUGCUGGGGUUACAGUGUGAGCCACCAUGCCCAGCCUCUGUCCCCAACUUAAUCACCUUCUACUCUACCGCUUCAUGACUGCUUUCCCCUCCACUCAGAAUGUCCCUUCCCUUGCCUCACGAACUGUCUUCAUUCAGGUCGUGGCAAAAAAGCCAAUUUCUUAGCUAUGCCUUCCCAGGUCACCAUCCAACAUACUUAGAAGCUUUGUUGUCCAUAUGGUGCCCAGAUGUGAUGUUAUGGAGUUACUCCUUUAUCUGCUUAAAAUCUGCCUCCUUCACCAGAAAAAAGCUUCAUGGGGACAUGCAGACCAUCCUCAUUGUUCAGUGUGGUGUCCCCAAAGCAUAAACUGGUAUUUGGCACAUAGUAGCUGCUCAGCAAACAUUUUUGAUGAGUGAGGAAUGAAACAAACACUUAUAUUUCAUCACCGUACCCUAUGUUUUUACUGUAUUACAUUCAGAAAAAAAGUACCAUGUCAUCCAUUCUCAGUGUGCAUGACUUACUAUGUUAUUUAGGGAAAGUUUGCUGUUAUUUUUCUUGUUGCAAAAGUUGAUCAUAUAAAUUGAGUCAUUUUUGUCAUACUCAACUAAGUCAAGGGGCCAGGGGGAGAAAACACAGGGCAUGUAACAUUUCAAGAAGGUAAUUCUCUGCAAGCCUGGCUACUCAAGCUGCCGGCCAUAACCUGAAACUGGUUUUAUCUAUAGCUACUGAAACAAGCUGUUGCAACUCUAAGACUGAUUUUUCCUACUGUUGUUACUCAUCAAUCAGAACUUAUGAGCUCCCUAAAAUUUUAUUCCUGCCAGUGAACUAUCUUUCAAAACAACACAUAACAUCUCUUCUUUUGGUAUAACGUCUUUGUUCUUUGGACCUACUGAAGACCACCUGGUCUGUCUGUAUGCCUCGAAUUGAAAUUCUUGCUUCCUAAAUUAAACAUUUUAACUGUAGAGAUUUGUCUCUGUGCUUCAUCAGACUUCAAGAGUGUGCUGGGCUUGACAUAAUGGAAUCAGCACUGUGAGAUCAAGGGUCUUUAGCCCCUGCACCACUCAACCCUAGAUAAUAUAGAGGAGACCUUAUUGCCCAGCACGGGUCUAGGCCAGUGGUUCUCAACUGAGGGCGAUUUACUCCCCUAGGAACAAUUGGCAAUGGGUGGAAAUAUUUUCGGUUGUCAAAGUUGGGAAUGGGGAGUUAUUGACAUCCAGUGGGUCAAAACCAGGGAUGCUAAUAUAGAACCUAUACUGCACAGAAAGGCCCUCCCUCAGCAAAAAUUAUCUGGCUCCAAAUAUCGGUAAUGCUGAGAUUGACA